UAUAUGAUAUGAGGUAGUGGGGUAUAAAACAUUGAAAAUAAAAGCCUCUUUAUGCAAAAAGAAAAAAAAAAGAACAGGGGAACCUGCUUUCUUUUCCAUCAUCGAGGGGUUAUUACUGUUGCACCCCAUGAUCCCCUCAAUCAGCUCAUUUAUAUACUCACUUUUCCACCUUUCUCUGCUGCAAACAAUUGCCUUAACAUUAAGCUUCUUUUUUCAUUUUCUAUGAAAUGGCACCGAAAUUUAUUCAUCUCCUUCUGCUGCUGGCGGUGCUUAGUUUUGUGUUUUAUGAUUCUUCCCAAGCUAUAAGAGAUGAUCAAUUUCGGUUCUUUAACCUCAUGAAGGCCUCUCUAUCAGGAAAGGCCUUGUCUGCAUGGGAUGUCAGUGGAAUGAAAAGUUAUUGCGAUUUCCGUGGUGUCAGCUGCAACAAUAGAGGCUACGUUGAAAGCAUUAACAUCUCAGACUGGUCCCUCUCCGGUAAUUUCCCGGCUGACGUGUGCUCUCAUCUACCAGAGUUACGCGUUCUCGAUAUCAGCCGCAAUAAUCUCCGUGGCAACUUUCUUAACAGCAUCGUUAACUGCUCUCUCUUGGAAGAGUUCAGUAUGAGUUCCGUAUACCUUAGAACAACACUUCCGGAUUUCUCGAAAAUGACUUCUCUGCGUGUGGUCGACUUGUCGUACAACCUCUUCACAGGUGACUUCCCCAUGUCGAUAACCAAUCUCACCGAUCUCGAGGUGAUCUACUUCAAUGAAAAUGAUGGCUUGAACUUAUGGCAACUUCCGGGGAACAUUUCUAGGCUCACAAAGCUCAGAGUUAUGGUCUUCACGUCUUGCAUGUUGUACGGUUCAAUCCCGGCAUCGAUUGGGAACAUGACAUCGCUUGUUGAUCUCGAGUUGAGUGGUAAUUUCCUUUCAGGUCAGAUUCCAAAGGAGCUUGGAUUGCUGAAAAACUUGCAGCAGCUCGAGUUAUACUACAACCAGCACUUAUCUGGCUCAAUACCUGAGGAACUGGGAAACCUUACAGAGCUCGUAGACUUGGACAUGUCUGUCAAUCGGUUGAGUGGAAGCAUUCCAGAAUCUCUAUGUCGACUCCCCAAACUUCAAGUCCUUCAACUUUACAACAACAGUCUUACAGGAGAAAUCCCUGGUGCUAUUGCAGAGUCAACAACCUUGACCAUGCUGUCACUCUAUGAGAAUUUCUUAUCAGGACAAGUUCCACAGAAUCUGGGGAAGUCCUCCGCUAUGGUUCUUUUAGACUUGUCGGAGAACAACCUAUCAGGUCCAUUGCCUGCAGAGGUAUGUCGGGGUGGAAGGUUACUGUAUUUGCUUGUCUUAGAUAACAAGUUCUCUGGAAAGUUGCCCGAUAGUUAUGCAAACUGCAAGUCUCUUAUUCGGUUCCGAGUUAGCAAAAACUACUUGGAAGGCGCCAUACCAGAAGAUCUUCUAGGACUCCCUCAUGCUGCAAUUAUCGACUUGGCGGACAAUAGUUUUACAGCUCCUUUUCCAAGUUCAAUUGGAAAUGCCAAGAACUUGUCCGAACUGUUCAUGCAGAACAACAAGUUGUCAGGUUUUUUACCUCCUGAAAUCUCGGGAGCUAUAAAUCUGAUGAAGAUUGAUCUCAGUAACAAUCUCUUGUCCGGUCCAAUACCAACAGAGAUUGGUGAUCUGAAGAAACUGAAUUUACUGAUGUUGCAAGGGAACAAGCUAAGCUCUUCGAUCCCCAGUUCACUUUCUUUGCUGAAAUCUAUCAGUGUUGUUGAUCUUUCCAACAAUCACUUGACUGGGAAUAUCCCAGAGAGUCUGGGUGAACUGUCGUAUAACACCAUCAACUUUUCAAACAAUGAACUUUAUGGUCCAAUUCCUCUCUCGUUGAUUAAAGACGGGCUGGUGGAAAGCUUUUCAGGCAAUCCAGGUCUUUGUGCUCCUGUCGAAGUUCAAAGUUUCCCCAAAUGUUCACACAAGCACAACCAAAAGAAGCGAAAUUCUAUGUGGGCAAUCAUGAUAUCAGUCAUUGUCUUUACUAUCGGAGCCAUCCUGUUCCUGAGACGGCGUUACAGCAAACAAAGAGGUGUAGUAGAACAUGACGAGACCUUGUCUUCAUCAUUUUUUUCGUACGAUGUGAAGAGCUUCCAUAGAAUAUGUUUUGACCGGCACGAAAUCCUCGAAGCAAUGAUUGAUAAAAACAUUGUGGGCCACGGAGGGUCUGGCACCGUGUAUAGAAUCAGGUUGCGAGGUGGAGAAGUUGUUGCAGUGAAGAAGCUGUGGAGUAGAACAGCAAAAGACUCUACUCCAGAAGACCAAUUGAUCUUCGACAAAGGGUUGAAGACCGAGGUCGAGACUCUUGGAAGCAUAAGGCAUAAAAACAUAGUCAAGCUCUAUAGUUACAUCACGAACUUCGAUUGCAAAAUGUUGGUUUACGAGUACAUGCCGAAUGGGAACCUUUGGGAUGCUCUUCAUAAAGGAUGGAUCCAUUUAGAUUGGCCAAUUAGACACCAAAUAGCACUUGGGGUCGCACAAGGCUUGGCAUACCUUCACCAUGAUCUGUUGACACCUAUUAUUCACAGAGACAUCAAGUCAACCAACAUCCUAUUGGACGCCAACUAUGAACCCAAAGUUGCAGAUUUCGGAAUAGCCAAGGUUUUACAAGCCAGAGGAGGCAAAGAUUCAAUCAUUACCGUCAUAGCAGGCACCUAUGGCUAUUUAGCCCCAGAAUAUGCGUAUUCAAGCAAAGCAACGACCAAGAGUGAUGUGUACAGUUUUGGAGUGGUGUUGAUGGAACUGAUAACCGGGAAGAAACCGGUGGAGGCAGUUUUCGGGGAGAACAAGAACAUCGUGUAUUGGGUUUCGACAAAGCUGGAUACGAAGGAAGGGGUGAUGGAGGUGUUGGACAAGCGAGUGUCGGGGUCAUUCAAGGACGAGAUGAUUCAGGUUCUCAGAAUUGCGAUGCGUUGUACAUACAGGAAUCCAUCCCAACGUCCACCGAUGAAUGAGGUUGUUCAGCUGUUGAUUGAGGCUGACCCUUGCAGAUUCGAUUCUUGCAAGCUGUCAAUUAAUAAAACCAAAGAAGCAUCAAAUGUCACCAAAGUAGAGAGCCAACCAGAAGUAUGAUCAGAUCAGCGGUGUAUGAUGAAGCAGCAGGGUAUCGACCAUCCGCCCACCCUAUGUUAUUCGGAUCAGGAUGUAAGUUUCAAAUAUAAAUGUUUUAAGUUAUUUCAUGUAUUUGGAAGAUUUUACCUUGGUAUUCAUAUCAAUAUUUGUGUGUGUAAAGACCAAUCAAGCUCUUUUUUCUUUUGUUUUGCUCUUGUAAGUUGUAAUCAACUUAAGUGCUUUAUGAUGAUGCAUAGCACCCUUACGAAAUAA